AUAGAGAUUACCAAACACAUAACUAACUUUCAGACAAAAGCUUACAUCUGGGAGAGACAUUAGUUAAAGUUUUUAAACUCUAAUAGUAUUCUAAUUAAUUAAUCAUGGCCGACCAAAUCUCCAGCGAGAAUACGUCAGAAAGUCCGACCAAGAAGCCGACCGAUGAGAACACCGGAGUUAAUAGAUUUGCACUUCAAUGUGCUAUUGUUGCCUCCAUCGUCUCCAUCAUCUUUGGUUACGAUACUGGAGUUAUGAGUGGAGCCAUGGUGUUUAUAGAAGAAGAUUUAAAAACAAACGAAGUUCAAAUCGAAGUUCUAACCGGAAUUCUCAACCUCUGUGCCCUCGUCGGUUCAUUACUCGCCGGAAGAACAUCAGACAUAAUCGGACGACGUUACACAAUCGUCUUAGCCUCAAUACUCUUCAUGUUGGGCUCAAUACUAAUGGGCUGGGGCCCAAGUUACCCUGUUCUCCUCACCGGUAGAUGCACAGCCGGUCUAGGAGUCGGUUUCGCCCUAAUGGUUGCACCGGUUUACUCGGCAGAGAUAGCAACCGCUUCACACAGAGGACUCUUAGCUUCUCUACCACAUCUUUGUAUUAGUAUAGGGAUUUUAUUAGGUUACUUAGUUAAUUACUUCUUCUCCAAGUUACCUAUGCAUAUCGGUUGGAGACUUAUGCUCGGUAUAGCCGCGGUUCCGUCGCUAGUUUUAGCGUUUGGGAUCUUGAAAAUGCCGGAGUCCCCGCGGUGGUUGAUUCUACAAGGACGUCUCGGAGAAGGGAAGAGGAUACUAGACUUGGUUUCAAACUCGCCUGAAGAAGCUGAACUAAGGUUUCAAGAUAUUAAAACCGCCGCUGGAAUUGACCCUAAGUGCAAAGACGAGGUUGUGAAGAUGGAGAACAAGAAGACACAUGGAGAAGGUGUUUGGAAAGAGCUUAUCUUAAGACCAACACCUGCUGUAAGAAGAGUUCUUUUAACAGCGUUAGGGAUUCAUUUCUUCCAGCACGCGACAGGAAUCGAAGCCGUGUUGUUGUACGGUCCGAAGAUCUUUAAAAAAGCGGGAAUCACGACUAAAGACAAGCUUUUCUUGGUUACAAUCGGUGUCGGAAUCAUGAAAACGACUUUUAUCUUCACAGCGACUUUCUUGCUUGACAAGGUAGGUCGGAGGAAGCUUUUGUUGACCAGCGUUGGAGGAAUGAUUGGCGCGUUGACGAUGUUAGGGUUUGGGCUUACGAUGGCCCAAAACUCUGGCGGGAAAUUAGUUUGGGCUUUGGUGUUGAGUAUAGUCUCGGCUUAUAGUUUUGUAGCGUUUUUCUCUAUUGGGCUCGGCCCAAUAACUUGGGUGUACAGCUCUGAGGUUUUCCCGUUGAAGCUUAGGGCGCAAGGAGCGAGUUUGGGAGUUGCGGUGAAUAGAGUCAUGAACGCUACCGUGUCGAUGUCGUUUUUGUCGUUGUCUAAGGCGAUUUCGACGGGUGGAGCUUUCUUUAUGUUCGCUGGAAUCGCGGCGGCGGCGUGGAACUUCUUCUUCUUCCUUAUGCCGGAGACGAAAGGAAAGUCGCUUGAAGAGAUUGAGGCGCUUUUUCAAAGGGACGGUGAUCAUAAAGUACGUGGCGAAAACGGCACAGCUUAGUGUUUUUAAUUUCUUUUGUGGUACGAUGUUGUUUUAACGUGUUGUAGUUGUACGACACCAUUUGGAUGUUCGUUGUAUGAUGUGGCUUUGAUCAAAUUAUAUAAAAAUGGUCACGAUCAAGUUACAGUUUUAGUAUUAGUUACCAUUUUAAGAUCAAUGGCUCGUAUUAGUGAAAGAGAGUGAGCUUUUGAAUCGAG